UCUUGUUCAUGAAUGCUAAGCUAACGUCAAUUUUUAUUUUAAGAAGGAAAAGCGAUUUCUGUUUUAAUGGAGAGCAUAAAUGCUAAGUACGUGUCCCAGAAAAUCAGCAAGACGCGAUGGCGGCCAGUAUCGCACUCGUCUUUGCAGCAACCAGAUAUUUUUGCGACUGGCUCGUGGGACAACGAGCUCAACAAGAUUUCAUUUUGGUCCAUUGGGAGUCAUGGAGGUUCUGCUAUGGAAGAUGGAUUUGAAGGAGACCCGCAGCUUUUAUGUGAACACAAGCACGAUGGAGAUGUCCUCGACCUUCAGUUUUUGGACCAAGACAGAAUCGUCACAGCAUCAUCGACGGGAGCAGUCACUGUCUUCCGCCAUCACCAAAACAGUCAGACAGUAUCAGUUGUUCAGCACUGGACAAGAGCGCAUCGUUAUCCUUGUGACAACGCUCCAUGCACUGGUGUUGUAUGCAGCAGUCCUGAAAUUGUUACAGUCGGUGAAGAUGGCAGGAUCAUCGUCUUCAGAGCCGACCAGGAGGGAGUGAUUCGAGUCAUAGAGAAUGCGGACAGCAGCACAAUUCAUGCUGUGACUUACCUGAGGACAACAGAGAUUUUGACAGUAAACUCCAUCGGCCAACUCAAGCUGUGGGAUAUCAGGCAACAAAGCAACUCACCUUCCCAGAUUCUCUCCCUGUCAGGGGAUAGAGUUCCUUUGCACUGUGUGGACAGACAUCCAAACCAACAGCACAUUGUGGCGACAGGAGGCCAGGAUGGCAUGCUGUGUGUCUGGGAUGUGAGACAAGGCAACGCGCCCUUCUCACUUAUGGAGGCACACUCUGCUGAAAUGUGGGAAGUCCACUUUCACCCAACCAACCCGGAUCAUCUGUUCACGUGUUCAGAGGAUGGCUCACUGCUGCACUGGGAGACUUCCUCACAUUCAGACAUGCCCUCCUUCUUACAAGGUGGCAGGAACAGCAGCAUAAUGUCUCGCAGUGCGAUGGCCCCAGCUGGAGGGAAUCAGUCCCUCAUCAGCGCCUGGCUCAGUGGAGACUCCAGUAAAGGCCGUCUGGAGACGAGUCACAUGCUGCCCAGCCAGACGCUGUCCGUCAACAGCUUGGAUGUACUUGGACAGUGUCUUGUCUGUGGGACUGACGGAGAGGCUAUUUUUGUCAACAGACAGGUUUCAGUUUAAAAGGGUUUUUGGUGCAAUGCACAAGAUGUGGAUGAAGAUGUUUAUUGAUGUCAGUUUCAUUCACAACAGAAGAUUUAUUGUGUCUUUGAAUCAUACAGGAUGCCCAAAAUGCUGUAUGUUAAGACGUUUGGCGUUACUUGUGUCUGACACAAUGCUUCAUUCGUAAGUUGCAGUUGUAGUAAUGGAUCAUCAUGGAUCAAGCGUUUUUGUAAAUCAUUCCAGGCAGAGUUCUUCAGUUUAACAGUCGUUUUGUACAAAAGACAUAUAAAACUGUUUUUUUUUCUUUUCCUAAAAAUAAAAAAAUAUAUGAAUAUCUCAA